AUGGAUCUGCUGCUGCUGCUGGGGAACACCAGCCUGGGCUCCCCCAACGGGUCCCUGGCGCUGCUGCCCCCCUCGUCGCCGUCCUCCGCCGCCCUCCUGCAGCCUCCUUCCCCCUACUCGCCUGCUGCCGUGGCCAGCCUGGCGGCCCUGGUGGGUUUCAUCAUCGUCUUCACUAUCGUGGGCAACGUGCUGGUGGUGAUCGCUGUGCUCACCAGCCGGGCGCUGAGAGCCCCCCAGAACCUCUUCCUGGUGUCGUUGGCCAGCGCAGACAUCCUGGUGGCUACUCUGGUCAUGCCUUUCUCCUUGGCCAACGAGCUGAUGAACUACUGGUACUUUGGCAAAGUGUGGUGCAACAUCUACCUGGCACUAGAUGUGCUCUUCUGCACCUCCUCCAUUGUCCACCUGUGCGCCAUCAGCCUUGACAGGUAUUGGUCGGUCACGCAGGCGGUGGAGUAUAACCUCAAGCGGACACCUCGGCGGAUCAAGGCCACCAUUGUCACCGUCUGGCUCAUUUCUGCUGUCAUCUCCUUUCCGCCGUUGAUUUCCAUGUACCGGGACCCUGAAGGAGAUGUCUUUCCCCAGUGCAAGCUCAAUGAUGAGACAUGGUACAUUCUUUCUUCUUGCAUUGUCUCUUUCUUUGCACCCUGCCUCAUCAUGGUGUUGGUCUAUAUCCGUAUCUACCGUGUGGCCAAGCUAAGGACCAGGACCCUCUCUGAGAAGCGUACGAUGCCAGAGGGGUCCUCCCAGACUGAGAAUGGCUUAAGCCGCGCUGCUGGGGGCUGCACGUCCCUGAGGAUGCAGUUGGGAGAGAACGGACAUUAUUCAGUGCACCACUGGCGCAAAGCCUCUGAGCUGGAGGACAUUGAGCUGGAGGAGAGCAGCACCUCAGAAAGCAGACGGAGGCGGAGCCGGGAGGAGCAUCCUCGCAAAAGCAGCAAGAGCCAGUCCUUCUCCUACUCAUAUUCCUCCAAGCACUCCAGUAGCCGUCUUUCCCGCUCCAGCAAUCGCUCCGUGGAAUUCUUCUCAUAUCGCCGUCGUCGGAAGCGUAGCAGUAUCUGCCGUAAGAAGGUCACCCAGGCCCGGGAGAAACGCUUUACCUUUGUGCUGGCCGUGGUCAUGGGGGUCUUUGUAGUUUGCUGGUUUCCUUUUUUCUUCAGCUACAGCCUCUAUGGCAUUUGCCGGGAGGCAUGUGAGGUCCCUGAGACUCUCUUCAAGUUCUUCUUCUGGAUUGGGUAUUGCAAUAGCUCCCUCAACCCAGUCAUCUACACCAUCUUCAACCAGGACUUUCGCAGGUCCUUUAAACACAUUCUGUUUAAGAAGAAGAAGAAGAACUUUAGGCAUUGA